UUUUAUUCAUCACUUGGUUUAACAUACUAAGAGAGUUAUAAGAAAGAAAGAAAAAAAAAAAUGGCUUCCAAGGCUUUGAUAUUGUUGGGUCUCUUUGCAAUUCUUUUCGUCGUCUCCGAAGUGGCUGCCGCAAGCACAGGGAAGCCAGAGACUGAGGAAACUGUUCACCCUGAUGGUUAUGGUGGUGGAUACAACAGAGGAGGAGGCGGUGGCCACGGUGGAUACAGCGGAGGAGGACGCAAAGGAGGAGGAGGAGGACACGGGCUUAACGCAGAAGGACAAAACUAAUGUAAUGACCAUCAUGCAAGAUUUGUAUCUAUAUAAACGCUUAUGUGUGACAAUAAGUAAACCAUGGUUGAAUGUGUAUUGAAGUUAAGUACCUGAAGAAGAGAAACCAUGGAAAAAAAAAGUUUCAUAUAUAAUGUAAUGUCGUCUUUGUGUUUGAGUUGUAACCUUCUCCAUUUGCAUAAAUAAAUCAUUUCUAGUUUUAUGUUA